CGCAUGACAAGACGCGGUCUGGUUUCCCGUUCACAGAUUCAAACCUGCAGCAACCUCAGGACGACUGCACUUAUUCACACACAUUUUGAAGGAACUUGUCGAGUUCUGCCGCACAGCCUCAAGAAUUCUCCUGCGACGAGGACGUCGUUUGCCUACGGCUCGCGACAGCAUCAAUUGAGGCGUCGCUGUUCGACUCAGCCAGUAUAGCUCUUGGAAUCCUCAAAGAACCCAUCAUGGCGUCGACGCCUAUGGACUUGGACCAUCGCGAGUCGACACCAGCCAAUGGAAACUCGCUCAACAUUACGCGUUCUCUGGCAACCAACAAUACUACCCCAUUGAGCGAAGUCAUAUCGUCGUUUCGCCCAACAAAGCUUUUUAAAAGGCAAGACAUCAAGGAUGGCCGUCCUCAGCCACACGUGCUGUCACUCGACUUCGACGACCCGGGCGAACUUCUCAUGACCUCUGAGAGCGACGAGACGAUUCAGAUUUACAGCGUAAAGGAAGGUAUACACAAGAAGAACUUGCUAAGCAAGAAGUACGGCGUCAAGCUGGCAAAGUUCACGCAUACGAGCUCCAGCAUCAUCUAUGCGAGUACGAAGCAGAAUGAUCAGAUCCGAUAUUUGGCUACCCACGAUAAUUCCUUCAUCCGAUACUUCGAGGGCCACGAAAAGAGCGUCACAGAUAUUGCCAUACACCCAGGGGCUGAUAACUUCAUCUCUUGUAGCCAAGAUAAUACUGUGCGCCUUUGGAAUAUUUCGACGAAGCAAUGGUGCGGUCAACUGAACCUCAACUCUCCGUAUCUCACCGCAUACGAUCCGUCGGGGCAGACUUUUGCUGUCGCGUGUACGAACAGCGGAAGCGUUCUGCUAUAUGACUGCCGCAACUACGACAAGGCGCCAUUUGCGACCUUCGAUGUCGUCGACGCCGGCAGACACGUGGACUCACAAUUCGUAAUCAGGGGUUGGACAAAGCUGGAAUUUUCGAAUGACGGUAAGCAUAUUCUCGUCGGCACUCGCGGUCCCGGCCACUUCAUACUCGAUGCUUUCGACGGGAGCUUGAAGGCGUACCUGCGUAAGCCCGAGGGCGGAACCCGGCGGCUGGCGGCUGGUGAGACAUCAAGCACCAUCAACGGCAGUAUGCCGAAGACGGACCAGCCCACAAUCGAGAGUAGCGGCGAUUGCUGCUUCUCUGUGGACGGUCGUUACGUUCUGAGCGGUGGUCCAAAGGAUGUACUGGUCUGGGAUAUCUUGACACCGCCCCAGAACGAGAACAAGACCCUCGACGCUACAUGGGUAUUGGAGGAAAAGCGAGAGGCGGCGGUGUUGGCAUUCAACCCGCGAUACAACUUCUUUGCGACGGCAGAUCAAGAUGUGAUGUUCUGGGUGCCCGAUCCUCAUGCAUGAAGCGGUUGGAGCAUCAAUGUAGGAAAUUUAGAAGCUGCGAAAUGGCGGUCUGGAGAGGUCAAUUACUUUCGGAGUCUAGGAUACGAGAUACCCAACCCGUUGAGGAAAGUCGACAUGAAUGAAUUUUGUUGAAACCUUGGGAAA